AUGAGGCAGCUGCUUUUUGUAGGCUUGCCUCCAGUUGUGAUUGAUCGUCUUGACAGGGAAGACAAAAUCAACUCAUUUGUUACACAUGGGACAACUUUCCUCGAUGACAAUGCACUUGAUGGCUUUAUGCUGUUUACUUCUACAUCCACAAAGCCUGCAAUGUUGCAGCAGGUGGCACAAGCUACAGUAACACAGUUCAGGGAGCACAGCCGUCCUCCACACCUCUUGCUCCUCGCUGUACAUGUUGGGAUUGCUGUGGACUUGGAACGCCUUAGGAAGGUAUCUGAUAUCCUAGUUUUGUUGGCACACUCAUAUGAGCCUCCAAAGGAUUGCAUGGUUGAGUACCCCUCCGAGACGACGUCAACUGAAAAGAUGUUUCAACUUUUGGAGAAGCUGUUGGCAAGGGCAAAAGAAAAGCACACAUUAGCAGCCUGUAUGUCAAUCAACUUGGCUGUGCGGUACUUUGAAGUAGAGCCUGGCAAUGAAGUGCCAGGUAGCAAGUGCAAAUUGGAGCACUGGGAAAAUUAUGCCCAGACUUGCCCAAACCUUAAGAUUCACACACAGAGAGGCAACCAAAAUGUUGCUGCAUACCGAAGAAAUGGUUCUAGUUUCCUGACAUUCGAAGAUGAAGAAACUGUUUCGAUCAAGGUGCUUCGCUACUUACAUGGCAACCCGGCACCUUGCAUAGCUGCUUUCCGAAUGGAUGCUGAGGACUCAUGUGGGGCAUGCGCAGCACGUGAAAAAGCUUCACGCCUUAUGGCGAUUUCAAGGCUUCUCUCUCCUGCUACUGAGUGCACAUCGACCACCAACGGGAUGCGUACAGCACCACCUUCUGUUGCAACUGAGUCAGAUCAAACAGCUGAGAGUGAACAUUUAUCAAUAAGUCCCACAGGUACUUCACUCACAGCAGCGCCACCUUCUGUAGCAACCACAUCGGAUAGAACAAGCAAGCGUGAAGGUACAUCAGCAAGUCCCAUGGGUAGUUCACCCACGGCAGUCCACACUGCCAUGGUGACUAGACCUAGCCUGGCAUCAAUAGGCCCUACAGCAAUCACUCAUGGGCCUUCAUUCCAUCAGAGAGAAAGGGCUCUUUUGUGCAUUUCUGCAACACCAGCAUCCAACAAGGAGCUCCUUGUGCGUCUUUGCACUCACAUUAUCGUGCUACAACCAGACAAGAUGUUAUUGAAGGCUGCUCGCAACUUCAGGGAUGGUGAUGAAAUCGGUCAUUCUGGCAAUACUGAGCUGCUGCUUUCAAGAAGCCUGGCCCAUGACAUUUCCAGUUAUGAUCCUCUCUUUAGCAAAGUGAUGCUAGUGGCACUCAUUACUGUGAAGAUGGAUGGCUAUGCACUGUUCGUCAGCUCAAAUACAAGUGCCGAUAUUUUGUUGAAGACUGCAAUGGAAAUGUGGAAGUUGUUCAAAAAGAAUAAACACCAAAAAGAAUUUACUUUGGUGGUUGGAGCACAGCACGCAACAUUGAACAAAGUUAUAUCUGAGCUUGGCAAGUACUCUGACUAUGUGGUUGUUCUCCCGGACAGUCUUGAAAAACAUUCCAAGUGCUUGGUGAACACUUCAUUGUACUUCAAAUAUGAUGAUCCUAUGCUGCUUGAUGAGUUAAUGAAAGGCAGCGGGGCCACUGCAAUGCUGGCUGUAUCGGUGUUUCUUCCUGUGAUAAGUUACGACAUUUCUAAAGGGCACAGUGAUCCUGGUGAUUCCUGCAUUGAAGAGGAUUGGCAUGGCUAUGCAGUGACAUGCUUUGGCUAUGGAUUCAACAAAGAAGAAAGGUCAGUACAUGGACCUGUGAGCCUGCGUAACCCCACUCAGCUCAUGGUCUAUGAAGAUGAAAUGACCAUAGCAGAACGAAUCACUAGCAUCUCAAUAACAAACCCGAACAUAUCUGUAGCAGCAUUUUACGUUGAUGCUGAGGACCUGGUUGGGAGUUGUGCAAACAGAGAGCCAGCAUCCAGACUGGCUUACAUCUCUCGACUCAUCACAAAGAAACCUGCAAAUGUGACAACAUCGACACGCAGUCCACGAGUCAAGCGUAGGACAACAGGACCUCCAGACUCCCUCAUGUGCGUUUAUUCAAAGGAAAUCAGGUUUCCGGAUCUUUUGACACAAGUAUGUGAUUAUGUCAUUUACAUGAACAUUGAACUGACUGAAAGUACCAGAGAAGUGAAAGUUCGGCUUGAUCUGGGUUAUGACCAGCUUGUUGCUCUGGACAGAGACAGGGUGAAAGGAUUGUUGUUUGCACCAGAGCCUCAUGCUGUCAAGAGUCUCAUGCAAUUUGAAGAUUCUCAACUUAAAGAUCACCUUCAGCUACUUAGAAACAAGAUAAAGCUGACCAAUAUAUCUGGGCUGGCCUUCUUCUUCCCCGACGUCCCAAUGGCUGAAGCGUAUGGUCUGUACGAGGUGAGACUCAAAUGUAGGAAAACAAGGAUGAGCUCCAAGAUUUUCUUUCUUUUACCGCAAAUCUAAUACCUAAUACUUAAUACCUAAUAUUUAAUAUAUCUUAAUACUUAAUACCUAUAGUUGAACUGUCUAAGUUUGUGGCACAGCUUGUUGUGGUAGUCUGCAGAGGAAAUAUUCAGGAUCCUUUUGCUUGAAUACAUCUGUAAAUGAUCUAAAACCGACUUUCGAUUUUCUCUUUCCAAACUCUCAAUACUUGCUUCCAGU